AUGAUUGAACGCCUCGGGGGGAGCGACCAAGCCCUCGAGGACGUGGGAAUACAGGCAACGGCCCUGGAUGCGAAAGUGGAACCCGCCCAGUUAGAUGGCCCACUGCCGAGCAAUGGUCUGAACAGAAACAAAGCACAGUCAAGAUCCACCAGCCCACGUCGCAUUGCUGCUGAGUCGAACAACGAUGAAUUCCCGAUCCCGUCCGGUCAGGCUACCGAUCUUGUAGACCCGGUCGGCAGUCUAAACCUAGGCCAUUUGAGCCUAGAGGAUGGUGGAAGGUCAAGAUAUGUCGGUACCACGUAUUGGGCUUAUAUAGCGGGCGAAAUCAAUGAGCUUAAUCAAUUACUGAGAGACCAAAAUAGCUCACAUGAUCAGGCUGCUCCCGAAAAGAAUAAUGAUAUAACGGAUUCGCAUGCCGAUGGUCGACAGGCAUGGAGAGAAUCAGCUGGCAGUUCGACACCUUCAAUCACGCCUAGGUCUUGUUCCUUUCAGCAAUCUAUAAUCUUCCCUUCGGGUGACUCUCCCUCGGUCAAUGAAAAGGUGGUGGAGCCAGAAAUGCUUGAUCACAUUCCGACGAGACGGCAAAGCCAUAUUCUUUACAAAGGAUUCAUUUCCGGUGUACACGCCAUCAGUCCAAUCAUCCACCCUCCGACUAUCCUUAAGCUCUACAAUUCCUUCUGGGAUUGGUAUGACUACAGCAGCUAUUCUGGAGAGCCGUGUCCAAAUCCAUCAUUUAUCCCACUGUUGUACGCGAUAUGGUAUGGUGGCUCAGUAACGAUUUCUAUGCGAGCAAUCAAAGCAGAAUUUAAUAUAUCAUCGCGGUCAGCCCUUUCGACAGUGUAUACUGAAGAAACUACGAGAUGGCUUACGAAGAUUAAAUUCCCGCGCAGCCCUUCGCUCCAGGGCCUUGCUGCCUAUCUCAUCGUACAGACAAUUGUUACAAAAGAAGAAGAGCCUUUGGCGAGCAGUCUUUUUGUCAGUCUCGCGAUGAGGGUUGCACAAACCAUGGGCUUACAUCGUGAUCCAGCCAAGUUUGGUAUAGAGCCAUGUGAAGCUGAGUACCGGCGCCGGCUAUGGUGGCAUAUCAUGCAUAUGGACUGCGUCGUUGCUAUGUCAAGCGGUCUGCCUCCCCUCCUCAGCGACGAGAACUAUUGGGAUGUAUGCGAGACGAGCGAAAUGAAAGAUACAAUGAUAGGUUCUCCUGCCGCUGAGUCCUACAUGAAACUGGUUGCUUCGCGAGAGCGGUUGCCCGAUAAUCCAGAUGAUCCCACUGUUUGCGGCGGCCCAUCAAUGGUCAACGUCUACUACCUCACCGCAAAAGGGAAAUAUACUAUGGCUCGCGCUAUCCGCCGAAUAUUGAAAAUCCAGCUUGGAACAAAGCCCCUCACCAGGCAGGACAUGGAGGAGCUCCGGUCCAUACUCCUUGACUUGCAGCUGAAACUGAAUUCCAUCAUCAAUAGGAUUCCAGAGGGGAGGGAUGUUGAUAAUCUAUCAACACCAAGCCGAGCAUUUUCUAUGUCAAAAUCCCCCGAUGACCGCUCUUCUGAUACAGAGCUUCCAGGCGAAGGUUCCACUGGAUGCCCAGAACAAUAUCAUUCACCUGUUCUUGUUUGCUUCCAUAAAUGGGCGAAAAUAAUUCUUUCUUUGUAUAUUGACAAGGCCUUCUGCGUGGCCUACCAACCUUUUCUGAAGAACGCUCACAGCCGAAUUUGGCCAGCGGCACGCCAGAGUGCACUUCGCCAUUGCCAUGGUUUUAUGGAAAAGUUUAUCGAACUUGCGACGGAUCCAGAUUUCCAGCCUUUUCAUUGGAGCUGGCCUGGGAUCAUGCUUAUCGACCUAUAUGAGCGACCUUACAGCCCUGAAGCAUCCCGGUCCCGCGCGUUCAUCGACAGCAUACUCGCACUUUCUGGCCCAGAUGGAGGUGUCGUGGGCGGCGAAGACGGUAUAUCAACACAGCGGCCAUUGAAAGACGGUGGCCGUGAGGCAUGGGAUAUGAUCCGCCGCCUUCGCCAGAAAGCUUGGCAAAAGGCUGGCCUCAAUCCGCAAAUACUCUGGACCGAACAAGACCAGAUACAGGCCGCGGUUGCUUCGACAGUUGACCCUCACGCGGAUUGUGACUCCCCUCCUUCAGGUCCCUCUCGGCCAGGGUCUCCAGCUCCAGGAUCGGCCGGUCAUACCGCAGCGCACGCCCCCCAACCCAGCGAUGUUUACAAAACAUUAUACAAGAUCACCCGCUCACAUACAUUCUCGAACCCUGCUACCCCGGAUGCUACCAACAGUCCCUUACGAUACCAAUACCAACCCCAGAGUAAACACUUACCCCCUAUCUCACAUUCCCGGCGCCAUUCUAACCCCGUCGGUAAUGUCAUAUCUCCCCGCAUUGGCGCCCCAUCGCCCAAUACGGACCGCUUGUUUGCUGCAUCUCCGCCGACGCAAGCUACUGCCUCCCUCGCCCCCGCUCCGCAUUUGCAGGAUUCAGAUCAUGAUAUUGCUGCUUCAGGUGGCAUAUCCUUCGUGGAUCCUGCGUCUCCUAAAAUUGUACCCAUGAGAGUUCCCACGCCGCCAUCGAUGGUUGACCCCAACCUCAACUUCGACUGGGACCAGUGGGAUGCUGUGUUUGGGCAACAUCUUCCUGUCGCAGAUGAUCUGAUGGAAUUGGAUCCUGUUGCGGGUCUUGACUUCACCCAUCUUGGGGCUUCCUCGACAUUCAAUGGCAAUAGCCCGAAUGGCACUAACAUCAUCGACAUGCCUAAUUCAGAUGUGAAUGGUCUUCCACUUCCAGGCUCCUCUCCAGAAGGAAGUUUUCCGUCCUGGAAUGGGAACAAUGGAGGUGAUUGGCCGUGA